AUGGAGAAAGCGACUGGACAAAAAAAUGCUGGAAUCUUUUUGAGAUUUGAGAUUUGCUUCUGCAAUCACGUACAGACACACAGCUGUCCAUGAAAACUUUAGGAAGAAACGCUACAGAAAAAAAUUUCCCCAGCCAUUAUUGUAAUUGCUCGUCCGGAUUACCUCGUCCGUCGUUCUGCUUUCCGUGGUCGACUUUACGGUUCUGCUUUCAGUGGUCGACUUUACGAGUUCUCUGGAGAGAGUUGUCUCGCGCUCUAUAGGUUGAUGUUUGGCGGAGUCUCAUUUUAUCUAUACCCAUAUCACUGAAUACACAAUCCCACGAAAAGAGAAGAAUUGGUCUAGCUUGGCGAGAAGAAUGAGCAAUCACCAAUUCAAUCAACUCCACAUGUUCAACUCCGGUGCUUAGUUAGCAUUUUCCAUUAAUAAUCACACGGAAAUGCAGAAUUUCUCCUAAAAAUUUAUUCGGAAAUCACUUUAUUUAUUUCUUUUUUCUUUUUUUUGAGGUGCGCCCCCAGGGGGAGGGGGCGCCGGGGGGGUGUUGGAUGUUUGGAGAUUAGUUUAAGGGGUAUCCAUUUCCCCAAAAAUAUUAUGAUGACCAAAAUAAAAAAAUUAGCUAGAGUAUAUAUAAGAUCAUUUUUCGCAAGUAGCUCUUAAUGAAAGGGAAGCACAUGAAGAACCAUUUCAAGAACAUGAAAAUCCAUCAUCUUGCUUUACUCUGUGCUUAUUAUCACAUUAAUUAUGUUGUAGCCAAUACAGCAUGCUAGGAUCUAUGACUGUUCCGUGGUGCAAGAUCAUGUUUCAAUCCACAUCGAGAGUAUGCUUCGUAGUAUGCCUCCCACUUCGCUAGAGCAUAGUAUAUUUAGGGUCCGUCAUCAAUUGCGCAAAGUCAACGAGAAAGCCUAUGACCCAGAGGUCCUAGCCAUUGGCCCUUAUCACUAUGGAAAUGACAAGUUCAAAUUCAUGGAGAAGCAAAAAUUGCGAUACCUGCAGCAAUUGCUUGAGAGGAGAAAGGAGAGCGUUGACAGGUAUAUGCCGACUCUCAGGGAAAUGGAACAACGGGCGUGUAAUUGCUAUGCGGAAACCAUCGACCUCUCCCAAGAAAAGUUUCUUGCGAUGAUGCUCAUUGAUGGCUGUUUCAUCGUUGAGUUGUUCCGUAAGUACAAUAACAAGAUACCGAUAGACGAAGACGAUCUGCUUAUGCAUGGAUUAGGGAUUCGAAACAGCAUUAUGCGCGAUUUACUGCUGCUAGAGAACCAGCUCCCACUUUUCGUCUUGAGCAAGCUACAUGACCUGACUAAAGAUCCGGGCGACGAGAGUGAGUUCGGCUUUUAUGCCAGGGUGUACUUCGACGUCCCCAUACAAAAUUGGACGAUUGGCGAGGAGACGGAGCAUCUUCUACAUCUAUAUCAUACGUGGCACACUUCGGACUUGCCUAAACCGAAUCGGUCAGAUUGCUUGUUAGUUUGCACACCAAUUAAAUUCUCGGCGACAGAGCUGAGGGAUUCAAGAGUCAAGUUUAAGGCUGAGAAAGGGGACCAACUGAGCGACAUCAAAUUCGAGAAUGAGACACUCGAGAUAGCGGUCUUAAAAGUAGAAGACCAUACCGAAUCAAAAUUUCGAAACCUGGUCGCAUACGAGCAGCAUUGUCGAAGGAGAGACAUCAACUACUUUACGGAUUACGUUAACUUCAUGGAUAAUCUCAUAAACUCUUCAAUGGACGUGGAGUUUCUUCGCCGUGCAGGGAUUAUUGAGAAUUAUUUGAGGGAUGACAAGGUGGUUGCGCAGAUGUUCAACCAGAUGGGCAACCACGUCGCUAUAUCCAAUUCCUAUUACUGUAAGAUCUUCCAAAAUGUGAAUGCGCAUUGUGUCAAGAGGGGCAACCUCUGGACGGCGAAACUAAGGAGGGACUAUUUCCCUAGUCCUCGGUCUUUCUUUUCCGUUUUCGCAGGCAUUGUGUUCUUUCUCACAGUAGCACAAACAGUAUUUACUAUUCUUUCUUACACAAAGUAAAUGUGAUCAAUGCUGGUUCAUAUAUUUCCCCUGGACAA